AUGGCGUUUGGUGGAGAUCUUCCUUAUUUUCCCAACCUUCUCUCUGGUAGUCCCUCAAAACAAGAGAUACCAAAUGAGUUGGGGGGAGAUAGAUUUUCCAUAGCAGGCACUAGUUCUUCUAAUGCCUUGGUUCCUAAUAAUGUUCCCAUUUAUGGGUCCAACUUGAAUCCCCACCAUGUUGAUCAUGUCAACCUCGUGGGAUCUACCUCAAACCUCCUUGCUGGGAUUCAAAUCCCAUAUGUAGGUCCAAUUUCACUUUUUGCAAAUGAGUUUUACUGUGAUUUCAAUGCUUAUGCAUCUUCUGUUUUUGCACCUGAUGGCAGAAAUGGAAACAUGCAUGGCCUUGAGAGUGAUGUUAGCCUAGGCCUUAGGGAUAAUCCUCAAAACAAUCCUGUAGCCCAAACUGAGGCAUAUCUGCUUCUCAAUACUCAACAACUCGGAUCAGAAAAUGGUAGUUUUGCUGAAAACAAGUCAUGCACAGAAGCUGAAACUAAUAAAUAUCUUAGCAAAGUUGAUCUGAAGAAGCAGCAGCGACUGCACAUGAGAAAGGCAAGCAAAGCUCGAAAGAAAUACUAUAACAUAAUCAAAGGGCAAUGGACUCCACAAGAAGACAGGCUAUUGGUGCAGUUGGUAGACCGGUUUGGUAUAAAGAAAUGGUCUCAAAUUGCUAGGAUCAUUACUGGGAGAGUGGGAAAGCAGUGCAGGGAAAGAUGGCACAACCAUUUGCGGCCUGACAUUAGGAAAGAUAACUGGACUGAAGAGGAAGAUAGGAUCCUGAUUGAAGCUCACAAGCAAAUUGGAAACAAAUGGGCAGAAAUUGCUAGGAGGCUGCCAGGAAGGACUGAGAACACCAUCAAAAAUCACUGGAAUGCAACCAAAAGAAGGCAGAACUCAAAGAAGAACAGUAGGGACUCCAACUCUAGCGCCACCCUCCUGCAAAGCUACAUCAAGGCAGUGACCUCAUCCAAUAUGCACGUCAACGACAACUCCAUCAACAACAACAACCUCUCAGAGUCAAGCGUGUACGUGGUGAAUAUGGUGAACAACAACCCUCAAGUUCAGCUUGAGAACUCAGACCUCACCUCCCCAAACUGGGCAGCAUUCCUAAGCAACGUCUACAAUCACAACGAGGCGGCCAAUACUGGUGUGUCUCUAAACAACGCUAUGCCCCCUGAAAAUAAUAUUAAUGUCUAUGUGCCCAUGCUUGAGGAUGAGGAGAUGCCUUGUAUUUCCGAUUUUGAUGAUAGCAACUGGCAGUUUGAGGUGUCCUCGGACGUGACUAAUUACUUGAUACUCGAUCAGUUGGGCAGGGAAAUGGAGUUGUACGAGACGACUGUAGGUCGAGGAAGCGUUUGA